GCACACACUGACCAUGGCAUCUGAAAAGCCAAUACUUUAUGGCUAUUUCCGAAGUUCCUGCUCUUGGAGAGUGCGAAUCGCACUGGCUCUGAAAGGGAUUUCCUAUGACCUGGUGCCAGUGAACCUCAUCAAGGAUGGAGGACAGCAGUUUUCUGCUGAAUUCAAGGCACUGAAUCCAAUGCAGCAAGUCCCAGCCUUGAAAAUUGAUGGCAUCACCCUUUCUCAGUCGCUAGCUAUAAUUCAUUACCUCGAAGAGACACGUCCUAACCCUAGGCUCCUGCCCCAAGAUCCAAAGAAGAGAGCCCAAGUCAGAAUGAUCGCUGAUCACAUUGCCUCAGGCAUUCAACCACUCCAGAACCUGACUGUCCUGAAUCAAAUGGGUGAGAAAAAAAUGGAAUGGGCUCAGAAGUGUAUCGCCUCUGGCUUUCAAGCACUGGAGCAGAUUCUGCAGCACUCUGCUGGACGCUACUGUGUGGGGGAUGAAGUUUCCAUGGCUGAUUUGUGCUUGGCGCCUCAAGUUGUCAAUGCUGAGAGAUUCAAAGUGAACAUGGGUCCAUAUCCCACAAUAACCAGAAUAAAUAAAGCUCUCUUGGAGUUAGAGGCCUUCAAGGUAAGCCACCCAUCCCGGCAGCCAGAUACUCCUGCGGAGCUCCGAGCUUGAAGCCCUUCUACUCAUUAGAGCUAGUAAGCUGGAGUGACAAAAAUGACAACACCUACGGCUUGAGUAGGACUUCAGUGCAAACAGGAAGGCCU